CUCUGAUAACCCCACCCCACUCACAGACGUUCCUCUGAGCUUUCAUGUGAAGGUUUGGGUUAAAAAGCUUCAUCAGCUGGGAUGACAUCUUGUUUUUUAGGUGACAGAUGAGGAGAAACUUCCUCCACAUCCCACUCUGGCUGAAUGCUGGCUUAGUUGAGAUCAGAGGGACAUUGGUGACACGAGAACUUUAAGUCCAGCUGCAGUACCACAACUCGGCCAGCAGGUGUCACUGUUUAGUUACUGCAGGUUGUAGUUUAACCUGAUUGGACACAGGGAACCAAUGGAAAGCCUGCAGAGGUGCGUUCAGAGGCACCUGUAGAAUGAAGUUUGUUCUUUGUAAAGUCUGUUUGUUUCUGGUGAGAAAAUCAUCACAUUUUACACAUUCAACGAUAUUCUUUGUUUUUUCAGCUUUUAUUUAGCACCAGAGAUGAAAAUAAAGUGUCAGUGGAAGAAAGUAAAGUUAGUCUUCAUUUCUGAGCACAGUUAGCUGGAUUUGUUAAAGUCAGAAGCAGACAGUGAUGAAUGAGUUUCUGUUGGGGGACGCAGGUUGUGUUAAAUAUUUCUCACAUUAUAAAAACUGACAGCUGCAGCGUUGUGGACCUUGAACGCAUCUCCUCAUGUUCUUUUUUUUUUUUUUUUUUUAUAAUCCAUCGACCUGCAGUCCAGCUUCCUGGCUGAAGUGUCGCCAGGACCAGAAACUUUCCAAAUCCUUGCAGGAGGCCACAGAAACUGCCUGUUUUCUGGCUUUCAGCAGCUCUGAAGAAUCUCCUGCAUCAGCUGUAAACCAGACCAGGAUCUGGAUGUCUGUAGACUGUGAUCUGGAGUUCAGCCUGGCGGAGGAGCAGGACUUUCAGCAGGUCCUGAAGCUCUGCACCUCUGAGGACUACAACGGGCUGGACUACAUGUCGGCUUUCUAUCACCGCUGGCUGCAGGAGCCUGGAAGGGUCGUCUUUAUUGCCAGGAUGAAGAGCAGAGUGGUGGGGCUGGAAUCUGCUCUGCUGGUGGACGGUGGGCAGUCUGUGGUGUUUCAGGGUCGCAGAGUGGCUCCUGAUCUGAGGGGCAGCGGCAUCGCUGGCGCCCUCCAGAGGCACGUCAGCGACUACGUCCGCCGCCACCACCCAGAAGUCUGUGUUGCCAGGUUGAGCCGAGGAGACCAGCCUUCACCACAAACGCUGGCGAAGUACAGGCUGGUUGCUAAAGAGGCCAUCUUGUCUCUGUGCUGUGAGGCGGCCAACCUCGGACCCUUCAUCGCCGAGCUGCAGUCCAGACUCCAUCAGACCAGCUCUCAGGGUCCAGUUACUCUGAGCCAGCAGCAGGCGGAGACCCUGAUCCUGAGCGACCACGUGGUUUCCAACCUGCUGCCUGGAAAGACCAUCAUCAAUGACUGGGAGCCUCUGAAGCCGGUGGAGGCCAACCUGGAGGUGCUGCGCCGCAGGGGGCUGACCUACAUCACAGACCAGGAGUCUGAACCCUCAGCCCUCAGCUUGUGCACGCCACCGUACGCUGUUCCCUAUCGCCACGACGCCCUGCGCAUCAAUAUCAACAUCUUUGGCCGGCGUUUAGCUCCGGUUUGCGCCGUGUUUCUGGCUCAGCUCAGAGCGCUGCUGCCGAGCGUCCGAGGUUACCUGGUCUGCCACAGCUACCUGGACCCAGCUGUUUGGUCAGGGUUGCAGCAGUUCUGCCAGAAUAAGUCCAACGUGUCUCUUUUUAAGGACUACUGGGAGGAGGUGAUACUGGAGACAGACCUCUGAACUGGCUUGGAACCGCUGUCUGGUUUAGAAGCUGAAUUAAAGCAGAAUUAUUCAA